AUGGCGUAUCGCCCGCCGAACGAGAACGACAGACCGCCUGGCGCGUCCCUCAGACACGCCAACACCGUCGCCGGCCUCGGCGGGAAGCAGAAAGGACCUGGCUCGCUCAGAAGGAUGCGUGCCAAAGCUUCCUCGCCGGCUUUGAACCUGCGUCUGGACGCCGCCGCCAGCAUGCUCGUCGCCGCAGCUGCCUCCACCCAUGUGCCCACGCCCGUCACAGCGAUGACCCCCAAGACGUCUCCACCGCCUACAGCAGUGGGCACGCCGUACGGCCACCCUGCGCCCUCGCCUCUCGCUCAUGCGUACCACCACGUUCACGACCCCGACCGCGAUACCUCGGACGCGGACUCACUACGCACAUCGUACGGGUUCGGACCCAGCCCCAGCGCGAGCUGCGCCAGCCUGACGUCGCUCACCACAUCCGCCUCCUCGCACUACUCUCAAUCGCAAUCUCCCUUGCAUACCCGCUCCUUUGUCGUCAAGAAGCCACUGCCGCCCACGCCAACCUCGGCGCCACCGCUCGCCGUGCCCUCCUCGCCUUCGUCAACGUCCCUCGUCUCCGUCUUCCGCACGGCAUCUCUCAACCGCUUCCGGCGGAGCAA